CUAGAAAGAAACUUGGUAUCUUAUUUGCUCUGUGUUUUCAGAAAGGAUGGAGCAUUCAAGUAGUACUCAAAUUAGGCUGUUUAAACUCUUUUAUGGUUUCAUUCUUUUGUGCAUGGGCGCCGCAGUUCUGGAAUCUGCAACACUGCCAAGCAGUGGCACUAGUCUUGGAAAUGAAACGGAUCGCAUGGUGCUGCUCGACUUCAAGAAAAGAAUCUCCGAAGAUCCUUUUCAUAUCAUGAGGUCAUGGAAUGAUUCCAUUCAUUUCUGCAGUUGGGCUGGCGUUACAUGCAACCGUAUCACAAAAAGAGUCUUGACUUUGGAGCUGGAGUCUCAGAAAUUGGUAGGCUCCAUACCACCUUCCAUUGGAAAUCUUACUUUUCUUACUGGAAUCAAUCUGAGAAGGAACAAUUUUGAUGGUGAACUUCCUCAAGAAUUGGGUCGUCUACAAAGCCUGCAACACCUCAACCUGUCUGUCAAUUCCUUCAGCGGGAAAAUUCCAACUAAUAUAUCUCACUGUACACAACUGAGAGUGCUCGAGCUUUACUCCAAUAAGCUUAUUGGGCCAAUUCCGGACCAACUCAGUUCGUUGUUGGAUUUAAAUAUUCUAUUGUUUGAUAAAAACAAUCUCACUGGAACUAUUCCAAGUUGGAUAGGAAACUUUUCUUCUCUGUGUAGUCUUUACAUUGGCGGAAACAACUUUCAGGGAAGCAUACCUAAAGAGCUCGGGCGUCUAACAGGCUUGCAAGCAUUCUCAGUAGCGGUAAAUAAUCUAUCUGGUAUGGUUCCUUCUUCAAUCUAUAAUAUUUCUUCCAUAUCCAUUUUCGGUGUCAGUCAGAACCAGCUUCGCGGAGAGCUACCGCCAAAUGUUGGCUUUAUUCUUCCUAAUCUUGAACAAUUUCAUGCUGGUGGCAACAAAUUCACAGGAAAUAUUCCUGCAUCGUUCUCAAAUGCUUCUAGACUUCGUUAUCUCAAUUUGCCUGAAAAUGAUCUCACUGGAACAGUUCCUGGUGAAAGCCUUGGAAGAUUGCGAAGCUUAGUUGGACUAAACUUUGGUGCCAAUAGACUUGGAACUGGGAAAAGUGGGGACCUGAAUUUUAUCAGCUUCUUGGCCAAUUGUACAAGUCUGGAGGGGUUGGCUCUUUACGAUAACCAAUUCAGAGAUGAAUUGCCAAGCUCCAUAUCCAACCUUUCAACCCAACUAACGUCUUUUACAAUGGAGAAAAACUUGAUAUAUGGAAGCAUCGACAGAGGCAUCGGCAAUCUUGUAAACUUGACCCUUUUUGGAGUAAGUUAUAACUUUCUCAUCGGUAAGAUCCCUGAAGAAAUUGGGAGGCUUCAGAAGUUGGGGGAACUAUAUUUGAAUGACAACAAGUUUUAUGGACCAAUUCCAUCCUCCCUAGGUAACUUGACUUCGUUGACAGAGCUCUACGUCAGCGGCAAUAGGUUUGAGGGAAGCAUUCCUCCAACUCUUGCAAACUGCCAACGUCUACUAGCGCUUGACCUGUCUCGAAACAAUCUAACAGGCCCCAUACCUCAAGAGGUCAUUGGGAUUUCAUCUCUUUCAAUUUAUUUGCUCCUGUCUAACAAUUACUUGACUGGUUCACUACCAGCUAAAGUGAGUGAUUUGGCAAACGUAGUGGAGCUAGAUGUGUCCGGAAACAACUUAUCGGGUGAAAUCCCCACGACACUUGGCAAUUGUAUUAUGUUGGAGCGUUUGUACUUGGAAAAUAACAAAUUUGAAGGAACAAUUCCUCAAUCUCUUAAAAGUUUAAGAAGCUUGGAAGAGAUGGAUAUUUCGAGCAAUAAUUUUUCUGGGCAGAUUCCUGAAUUUAUGGGCAAGUUAAGUUUUCUCAAGAACCUCAAUGUUGCUAAUAAUAAUUUCCAGGGUGAAUUGCCUAAAGAAGGGAUCUUUCUAAAUGCAAGUGGUCUCUCAAUUCUUCGAAAUGGUAGGCUUUGUGGUGGCAUCCCACGAUUAAGUCUACCUCCAUGCUCCAACAUAAAGGCUCAUUCAUCUAGAGGACUACUUGUCCCGAAAGUAGUAAUCCCUGCAGCUUGUGCACUUGCAUCCAUAAUUGCUCUGUCAUGCUUCAUUAUUACUUGUUCAAUGUCUAAUAAGCCAAGAGGUACACCUGUAAGCUCACGUUCUUAUAAGGAUUGGAAAUCAGGUGUCUCUUACAAAGAACUUGUUGAAUCAACUAACAGGUUCUCUAGAGAAAAUCUAAUUGGUUCAGGAAGUUUUGGUUCUGUCUACAAAGGAGUGCUCCCUAGUGAUGGAAUUGUAGUUGCAGUUAAGGUAUUAAACCUUCAACAACAAGGAGCUUCCAAUAGUUUCAUUCGUGAAUGUGAAGCUUUAAGAAGUGUAAGGCACCGUAAUCUUCUCAAGAUCAUAACUAUUUGUUCAAGCAUUGACAAUCAGGGCAAUGACUUCAAAAGUUUAGUAUAUGAGUACAGUGUAAAUGGAAGUCUAGAUGUGUGGCUGCAUCCAACAGAUGAUGAGCAGUCUCAGAGGAAGAGAUUGAGCCUUGUACAAAGACUCAAUAUUGCAAUUGAUAUUGGUUCAGCUUUAGAAUAUCUCCACCACCAUUGUGAAACGUCGAUUGUUCAUUGUGACCUAAAGCCAAGCAAUGUUCUUCUGGAUGAAGAUAUGGUGGCUCAUAUUGGUGACUUUGGUCUAGCAAAGUUCCUCUUGGAAGCGAAGGAUAAUCCCUCUCAAAGUCAAACCAUGUCAACUGGGCUAAAGGGUACCAUUGGCUACAUUCCUCCAGAGUAUGGCAUGGGAGGCGAAGUAUCCAUUCUAGGAGAUGUUUAUAGCUUUGGAAUAUUGUUGCUAGAAAUGUUCACGGGAAAAAGACCUACAGAUGGAAUGCUUGGAGAAGGUAAAAAUAUUCACAAUUUCACAGCCAUAGCAAUUCCUGAUCAUGUCAUGGAUAUAGUUGACCCUUCAUUGCUGAUUGAAGGAGAAGAUGCAGAUGCUCAUGAUGACAGAUACAGAAAUGAGUUACAAGAAAACCCUAUUACAAAUCGUCAUGACCGUGGCCUAGUCCAAGGAAGAAAAUUGGAUGAAUGUUUGGUUUCAGCGAUGCAGAUAGGACUCGUGUGCUCUGCAAUAUCCCCUGGAGAGCGGAUGCAUAUGGAUGUUGUUGUCAACAAAAUGAAGGCAAUUAGGGACUCAUUUAUGAAUUUAUGAAGAUGAAGCUAGCAGUAUACAAUAUUGGGCUAAGUUUGUUUUCUUAGUCUCACUCUCCGCUCUUAUAAUGCCUAACAUAAUUUGCCAAAGAUAGUUCAUGUACCCAUGUGUAUGACAAUAUGUAAAGUUGAUCCCAGCAUUUUAUAAUUAUAUUCCAGAAUAAGGGAAAAUUGUUUUGUUCUG